AUGAGUGGACUACGGAAACUGAAACUGUUUCAAUGUCGAAUGAAACAUUUUUUAUUACUAACAUUUAUUGUAUGGACAUCAGUGUUCCUGAUAUUUUGGACAGUCAGAGAUGCCACAAGCAAUGCUAUGUUAGUUCACAAAAGUUGUAAGGAAUGUAUGAAUACAACAGGUGUAUUGCGGGCUGCAUCUAAGCAUUCUACGGAACAUCGAGGUCUGACACCCAUCUACAUAGUAGAAGAACAUCAUGAAGUGUUGCCAUAUUGGUUUGGAUCAGCUCAGAAAGGUUUAAUACCUAAAACAAAUAAUGUACUCUUACAUAUUGAUGGACAUAUUGAUGGUGCCCCGCCUCCUAUCUUUGAAAUUCUACCAUUGUUUAGACAACCCGUAUCUAGUGCAGAAGUUAGCGCCAUGAUGCAAAAAAAUGAUGUGUUUAUAGCAGGUGCUGCACAAUCUGGUCUUAUUUCAAGAUUUAUAUGGGUAUGGCCGCCAUGGGAUAGAAAUUUAACAGCCAUUAACAAUGAUCAUAUACAAGCAACGGUAGAAAUGGGAUUAGUUAAAGGUUUACCACAAGGUCAUGCAUAUCCAGUCUGUUUUUGUUUGAUAGCUUCAGAACCGUCAACAGCUUCGACAUUGUCCUUAAUGAAUAAAUGUUUACAUUUAACAGUAGACGAUUCUGAACUGUAUUUGUCUGAGUCAGAAAUCCCAAAAUCAAAAUGUGAUAUUAAGAGGACUUUAAGCGUAGAAGUUGUGAAUGAAAAUAAAGCAUUAGAACUGUCUAAAAGUGGUAACUGGUUGAAAGAAAAUGAUAACAUUAUUUUAGAUAUUGAUGAAGAUUAUUAUGGUUGCGAGCCUGCCAUACAACCACUAUACGAUGUAGGAAUUACUUAUAAAGAAAGUGACACAAUGACUGAUCUAAUCGGUAAGAUAUUCUGUCCCGUUGACAUUAACCAAGAACGACAAUUUGAUACUAUAUUUUAUGAUUUGAUUCAGCAGAUUAAAACAAUUAAGUCGUACUCACAACGUCGGAAUCUGAAAGUUUCUAAAGAAAAUGAAAGCAAAGUAUUAUUUACUGCUCUGAAGGAUAAAGUGAAGAGUAAUAACCUAGAGCAAUAUUUAUGUAAGGAUAAAUCGUUAGAUAGAGCAAUCAUUGUAUUAAUUAAAUAUCUAUUCUCUGCUACACAAUCUCAACUUUCUGCUAUCUCUAAAGUUGGUUUAUGCUUAAGCAUCUCUUCCAAAACGUUUGAGUUCAACCCAGCAGAUGGAAUGAGAUUAUGUGAUGGAUUCAAUAGACCGAAUAGAACCAUGGUUGUCUUCCAUACGCCCGAUUUACCAGAAAUUAACAUAAGAACUGCUAAUCUGGAGGGUAUUUUAAGAAGUACACCAACACCAGCUAUCGUGACAAUCUGUCGUUCUGUCAGAGAUGGUUAUUCACCAUUAAAAUACUUUGAGAAAAUAGAAUCUGAUAUUUUAAAAACAUUAAAAAAUACUUAUAAUAUCAAUCAUGAUUCUAUACAUUAUGAUGAUGGAUUGCUAGGGGGUAAAGCAGGCUUGCCCUCGAGACAUUUAUGA